CACAAUGUCGGACACCAGGUGGCGACAUGAACGUGUGAAACAGUGACAGACGGAAGAAGAAGUGAGUGAAAUGAACCCAUGACUGAAGCUUCACUUUCUGCCGCCGCCUGUGUUUUUUUGCGCGUUAAUCUCGACAUUAAACCUUUUUUCUGACGCAGUGAAAAUGUCGCUGAGGUUCGAAAACAAAGUCGCGAUAGUGAGCGGAGGAUCUAAAGGCGUGGGCAGAGGAAUCGUCUCAGUGUUUGUGAAAAACGGCGCUAAAGUGGUGUUUUGUGCCAGAGGAAGUGCAGCAGGUGAGGCUCUGGAGGCGGAGCUAAACAAAGCAGGACCAGGGUCAUGCAAAUUCAUCUCAUGUGACAUUUCCAAACAGGACGACAUAAAGGUAUAAUCCGCGAAAACCGUGA